UAAAUCUUUCACAGCCACUUCCUGGUGCUGUUUGUUGUGGAAAUACCGUGGAACUGAAACAGCCAACUGUACAGAUCAGGAACAAGGAAGAAACAUCGCUACUAGCUAGAAUACAUCUUUGAAGCAUGUGGUGUCAGCGGUAGGUAACAGGCUGAAAGGUUGAACUAGUUACGGACCUCUCGUUGCUUCGGAACGCAAGCUUGGUCUGAAACAGCAAAGCCGGCGGCGCGAGCUGUCGCGAUGUUGUUGUGAACGAUGGACAGCAGAAUAAACGAGUUUCCCGAGAGGACGUUUGAUUUGGUACUACAGGUUGCAUGCCCAACAUCUGAAAAUGAAGAUCCUACCGUGCGGUGGAGCUUCCCCCAGGACUACACAGACCAGGAGGUUCUCCAGACGGUGCCCAAGUUCUGCUUCCCCUUCGAUGUGGAGAGGGUUUCCCAGAGUCCGGUGGGCCAGAACUUUACCUUUGUGCUGACGGACAUCGAGAGCAAGCAGAGGUUUGGCUUCUGCAGACUCACGUCCGGCUGCCGUGUCUGCAUCUGUCUGCUCAGUUAUCUGCCCUGGUUUGAGAUCUAUUACAAGCUCCUGAACACGCUAGCAGAUUACCUAACCACAAACCAGGAGAAUGAGCUGAAUGACAUGCUGAACUCUCUGUACAGUCUGCCGGUGCCAAAGCCCUUCACCCCAGUCAACCUGAGUGUGACCGCACUGUUGCAUAUAGCCACUGGGCAAGUACUGAAAGAUGCACCAAGCCAGCAGCCGCACUCCUACUUCAUAACACCAGAUAUCAACGGCCUGCCCACCAUCCCGGAGAGUAGGAACCUUACAGAGUAUUUUGUGGCGGUGGACGUCAACAACAUGCUACAGCUGUACGCCAGCAUGCUGCACGAACGACGCAUUAUCAUUACCUCAAGCAAGCUUAGCACUUUAACAGCGUGUGUCCACGGUUCAGCUGCCAUGUUGUACCCCAUGUACUGGCAACACAUCUACAUCCCUGUACUGCCUCCACAUCUUCUGGACUACUGCUGUGCCCCCAUGCCAUACCUGGUAGGAGUUCAUCUCAGCCUGCUCGAGAGAGUGCGUAGCAGGUCGUUGGAGGAUGUAGUGAUACUAAACGUUGACACCAACACACUAGAGAGUCCCCAGAAUGACCUGCAGAACCUGCCCAGUGACGUGCUCCACUCUCUGAAGAGUAAGCUGAAGAAGCAGUCGACAGCAACAGGAAGUGGAGUAGCGAGGUCCUUCCUCCGAGCUCAGGCUGCUUUGUUUGGAUCCUACAGAGACGCCCUUCGAUACAAACCUGGGGAACCAAUCACAUUCUGCGAGGAGAGUUUUGUGGCUCACCGCUCCAGCACCAUGAAACACUUCCUGGAGAUGGCUGUCAACCUGCAGCUCUUCAAACAGUUUAUUGACGGCCGUCUGGCCAAGCUGAACGCGGGAAGAGGCUUCACUGACCUGUUCGAGGAGGAGAUCACUGAGGGAGGUUUCUGUGGAAGUAAUUCCAAGUCUUAUCAACAGUGGGUGCACACCGUCAAGAGAGGCGGAGCGCUGAUCAACACUGCGGUGACCAAGAGAGGCGGAGCGCUGAUCAACACUGCGGUGACCAAGGCCAAGAGUCAUGCCAAGAGGGGCAUUCGCAGGCUUAAACAAAGGGAAGAGGAGGAGGGUAGACCAAUCUGUUCAGGGUCUCCCACCAGCACCAAGAGUCUUUCGCCACGGAGAAUGGAGAAGAAGAGACAGGUUGGUGAGAUACACACACACACACUAUUCCCACAGUGCUUUCAGAGAGUAUUCAUACACCUUCACUUUUUCCACAUUUUGUUGUUACAGCCUGAAUUUAAAAUGUAUUAAAUGUAGAUUGUGUUGUCAUACAAUACCCCAUAAUGUCAAAAUGGACAUGUUUUUUUGAAAAAUGUAUUAAUUAAUCAAAAAUGAAAUGUCUUGAGUCAAUAAGU